AUCUUUCUUUCUUGUUCCUCCCCCCAACCCACCCAACCCCUCAGCUAAAAUAAUCUUCUGUAACUGUAACUACUCCUACCCUGCACGCCACCAAGCCGUUGGUAUUAGGCUCUGAAAAAAUUGGCUUGUCUGAAUUUGGAGUGGGGGCCAGAAAGGGAAGAUGGCAACCAUAACAAAUGUGACCGAGUAUCAGGCGAUUGCAAAGCAAAAGCUGCCUAAAAUGGUGUACGAUUACUACGCAUCUGGUGCUGAAGAUGAAUGGAGUCUUUCAGAGAACAGAAAUGCCUUCACCCGAAUCCUGUUUCGACCGAGGAUUCUGAUUGAUGUGAGCAAGAUCGAUAUGACGACCACUGUGCUGGGAUUCAAGAUAUCUAUGCCUAUCAUGAUUGCCCCUACUGCCAUGCAGAAAAUGGCUCACCCUGAAGGGGAGUACGCAACUGCUAGAGCUGCAUCAGCUGCUGGAACUAUCAUGACGCUGUCGUCAUGGGCUACUUCAAGUGUGGAAGAGGUGGCUUCUACUGGGCCUGGUAUCCGCUUCUUCCAGCUUUACGUCUACAAGGAUAGGAAUGUUGUUGCUCAGCUGGUGAGGAGAGCUGAAAGGGCUGGCUUCAAGGCCAUUGCUCUUACCGUUGACACCCCAAGGCUGGGCCGCAGGGAAGCUGAUAUCAAGAACAGGUUCACACUGCCACCUUUCUUGACACUCAAGAACUUUGAAGGUCUGGACCUUGGCAAGAUGGACGAGGCCAAUGACUCUGGACUUGCUUCCUAUGUUGCUGGUCAGAUUGAUCGCUCCCUCAGCUGGAAGGUUACUUGCUGUGAUUUUAGAAUAAACCUAUAUAAUCAGUUCAUAUGAUGGAUGAUUGUGUUUUGCUGAUUGUGAUAAGUGAAAUGUGUAUGACUACAUGGUGAAAUGAUCAAGCAUUCUUACAUUGUAACCAGGAUGUGCAAUGGCUUCAAACAAUCACCUCACUGCCAAUUCUGGUCAAGGGUGUCCUCACAGCUGAGGAUGCCAGGAUAGCAGUUCAAGUUGGAGCAGCAGGAAUCAUUGUGUCCAACCAUGGUGCUCGUCAACUUGAUUAUGUCCCUGCUACCAUUAGGGCACUUGAGGAGGUGGUGAAGGGGGCACAAGGGCGAGUCCCGGUGUUCUUGGAUGGUGGUGUGAGACGCGGGACAGAUGUGUUCAAGGCAUUGGCACUUGGAGCCUCUGGCAUAUUUAUUGGACGACCGGUGGUGUUCUCAUUGGCUGCCGAGGGAGAGGCUGGAGUGAGGAACGUCCUUCAAAUGUUACGCGACGAGUUUGAGCUGACAAUGGCGCUCAGCGGCUGCCGUAAUCUGGGCGAAAUCACAAGAGCCCACAUCUUCACUGAUUGGGAUGCUUCUCCCAGCCACCCUACGGCCAAGCUUUAAAGGCACCCAAGAUGCUCUAAGCCAACCACUGGUUUCUUAAUUUUUCUUUCCCAUUUUCAUGGAUCCAUGAACAGAGACUCGUUUCCUUGCACUUUGGGUUUACUUACAGACAUGUGUAUCCUUAAUUCCUUUGGAAACUUUGAUAUAUCGACCUCCUCCUCCCCAUGUGUUCCUUGGUUAUAAACGGUUCAAACUCUAUAUAUGCCUGGUUCUAAUCAUUAAUCAAUGCCUACCCUGGCUUCCACUUUGUAUAUCUCAUGUGGCCAAGUGUAUGUAUUCUGUUCUGUUCAUUCUAACUCGCUAGUUCCCACUCCGUCCUUCAUCGUCCCGCCGUCGUUGGGAGGGGGAAACAGAGCCUAUGUAUUUGCUUUCAAGCAAAACGGUAGUGUUUGAUAUUAAUGUUUCUAUUUUGACUUCUUGAACAACGAAUCUAAAAUGCUCCAC